AUGGCUCUGUCAACAGGCCAUGUGGCCAGCCAACUGAGGCACCUAGUUUACUACCACCUUGACAACAAUCUCAUUCGCAACGCGCUCUUUCUCGCCGGACGUCUUCAUGCCUACGAACCACGAUCAUUCGAAGCCCAGUACCUACUUUCGCUGUGCCACCUGCAUAAUGGAGAGGUCAAAGCCGCAUUGGAGUGCAGCCAGGGUUCUGGAUCGCGCGGUCUACAUGUGGGCUGUGCAUAUGUCUAUGCGCAAGCUUGUUUGGAUCUGGGGAAAUACCUGGAUGGUGUGACUGCCCUGGAGCGGAGUAAAUCUCUCUGGGCGUCAAAAAACCAUUGGAACAAACACAGUGAAACUCAAAGACAGCAUCUUCCAGAUGCAGCUGCAGUCUUCUGUCUGCUGGGGAAGCUAUGGCAUGCACACAAGGAUUUGAACAAAGCAGUAGACUGCUAUGUGGAUUCCUUGAAACUGAAUCCAUUCAUGUGGGAUGCUUUUUUGGGGCUUUGUGCAACAGGCGUCAAUAUCCGCGUCCCUAAUAUCUACCAACUUAACCCAGAACUACUUGCCAUCAUCUCAACCUCUCCUAACGAUCUAGACUCUGUUCACGGUCUCGGUCAAUCUUCACCAACUGAAGGGUUUUUCCCUACUCAAACAAUUGGAGCUACGACCACAGAUCCCUUUAUGGUUGUUACAUCACAGACUGAAGCUGAUUCUACAUAUGGAAGCUCUGCUCUCUGGGGGAAGCUCAAUGGAAGCUCCGUUAGCGUGGCAUCGGCAGUGCCACCGAUGAAGCAUGAGGGGAUGGAAACCCCAAGCGGUCCAAGCAGUGGCUCAGACGAUUUCCGUAUUGCAAAUGGUGUCACCGAUCCAGAAUCCUCAUGGGAGCCACCCUUGGCGCCUGCAAGGAAAAAUCGGACAAUUCAGACGAUGAGCCUAGACCAGACAAGUCAACCUCCACCCAGAAUGCGACCAACUGGGAUUCGACCGAGGAUCAAACCAAGAACAGAGCCAGAAGAACCUCCUUUUGUCCCGUCAGACAGAGAUCCCCCGCCUGCUCCGCGAAUUGGGGAUCGAAAACGCACAGUUUCUGGCCAAGUUGCUCACCCCCUUCCUCCUCAGCCGAUUGAGCCUGGUGCUCCCCAACGGCGCAGUGUGAGGUUAUUCAAUCAGAUUAAACCCACGACUAGUAAACUCUCGAACUCCACCCUGAUGGGCAGAGAUGGCCGCGAGGUGAAAAAGGUCAGAAGUGGGAACACUAAAGGUCGAACUGCAACAACAUCCACAGUGGGCCGUGUGGUGAGUGGCAAUCGAAAACCUAUGGAGUCGACCGAUCACGAUGGCAAGGAACCUCGUGCUGCGUCAGUUCCGUCUACUUCUGUUCCUCCUCUCCCUAAAAAUGCCGAAAAAACUAAAGAACUUGAGGCUCUGAAUUGGCUUCUUGGACUGUUCACAAAAUUAGCAUCUGGAUAUUGCGCAUUGUCACGGUACAAAUGUCCCGAUGCAAUCCAGCAUUUCAAUUCAUUAUCCCAGGGUCAACGAGAGACUCCUUGGGUUUUGGCUCAGCUUGGCCGAGCUUACUUUGAACAAGCGAUGUAUGCAGAGUCUGCCAAAUACUUCGCUCGCGUCCAGAACUUGGCACCUUCCCGCAUUGAAGAUAUGGAAAUCUAUUCGACCGUUCUUUGGCAUUUGAAGAAUGACGUUGAGCUCGCAUACCUUGCCCACCAGUUGCUGGAGUCUGAUCGACUGUCUCCCCAGGCUUGGUGCGCUAUUGGCAAUUCAUUUUCCCAUCAGCGGGACCACGAUCAAGCCCUAAAAUGCUUCAAGCGUGCUACCAUGUUGGAUCCUGAAUUUGCCUAUGCCUUCUCCCUCCAAGGCCACGAAUACGUGGCCAAUGAAGAAUAUGACAAAGCUCUGGAUGCCUAUCGCCAUGGUAUCAACGCAGACAACCGUCACUACAACGCCUGGUACGGAUUGGGCACAGUUUAUGAUAAGAUGGGCAAGCUCGAUUUUGCUGAGCAACACUUCCGCAAUGCGGCUUCUAUCAAUCCCACUAAUGCGGUCCUCAUUUGCUGCAUUGGUUUGGUCAUGGAGAAGAUGAAUAACCCGAAGAGUGCCCUGGUUCAUUACGAACGAGCUUGCUCAUUGGCACCGCACUCCGUUCUAGCCCGAUUCCGCAAAGCUCGUGUAUUGAUGAAGCUGCGCGAAUUUAAAUUUGCAUUGGGCGAGCUCAAAGUCCUCAAGGAUAUGGCACCCGAUGAGGCUAACGUACACUUUUUGCUCGGCCGACUGUACAAAAUGCUUCGCGACAAAGCUAAUGCCAUUAAACACUUCACUACGGCCUUGAAUUUGGACCCGAAGGCUGCCCAAUUCAUCAAGGACGCAAUGGAGUCGUUGGACGAUGAUGAUAUGGACGAUGACGACAUAGCAUGA